CCCCUUCUCCCUCUCGCCCCGUCGCCGCCCCCCCGCGCCCAGCACACUCCUCGCUCCGCCGCCGCAGGACACCGGCGGCGGCUGCGGCAGCCGCGGAUAAGGUCGUCCGAAGUAGCUGAGGGUUUCGCUGAUGGCCGGUGCCUCGGCGACAGAUGACUCUUCCGCGAGCACCACCGGUAUGAGGGAUGACGACCGCAGCCUGUCCGGCGAGUCCUUGUCGGAGUGGCGGUCCUGCGACCAGGGCGACAGCGGAAGCCCUUCGACGUCCCCGCCCUUUUGGGACACUGAUUACGAUUUUGAUGAUCGCGGCCCCAAACCUUCAGAAUUAUAUGGUCGGCAUACUUGGAAGAUUGAGAAUUUUUCUAAGGAAAAGAAGAGAGAAAUGAAAAGCGAGCCAUUUGAUGCUGGUGGUUACAAAUGGUACAUACUUGUAUACCCUCAAGGAUGUGAUGUCUCCAAUCACUUGUCGUUGUUUCUUUGCGUUGCUAAUCAUGACAAGCUCCUCCCAGGAUGGAGCCAUUUUGCACAGUUCACUAUAGCUGUAGGCAACAUGGAUCCUAAGAAAGUCAAAUACUCAGAUACUUUGCAUAGGUUCUGGAAGAAGGAGCAUGACUGGGGAUGGAAAAAGUUUAUGGAGUUGUCAAAGAUUCAGGAUGGUUUUCUUGUGGACGAUGUUCUUGAAAUAAUUGCUCAAGUUCAAGUCAUCAGGGAGAAAGUGGACAGACCAUUUCGUUGCCUUGAACGCCCUUAUCGCAGAGAAUUGCUCCGUGUCUAUACAACAAAUAUAGAACAAAUUUACCGCCGUUUUAUCGAGGAACGAAGAAAUAAACUUACCAAGCUCAUUGAGGACAAAAUUAGAUGGUCCAGUUUUCGUGCAUUCUGGUCAGCAAUUGACCCAAGAACCAGGCAGCGUAUGUCCAGGGAGAAGACUAGUACCAUACUUAAAGUAUUGGUGAAACAUUUUUUUGUAGAGAAAGAGGUUACUUCGACAUUAGUGAUGGACUCUUUGUAUACGGGUCUGAAGGCACUUGAAUACCAAAGUAUGACCAUGAAAGCCAAAACAAAUAUAGCAGAAUUGGAUGAACUACCUGCACCCAUGGUCCAUGUUGAUAUUGACAUAUUUGUUUUGGCUGGUGAUUUUAUAACUUUACUUGAGAGAGCAGCCUUAGAACCCUUGCCUUGUCAGCCAGUAUCUCCAAAGGAUGACAAAUGUUCCCAGAGCCGCAUGAAGGAUGGUAGUUCUGGCGAGGUUAACAAAGUCUCCAUGGAGCGCGAAGAAAGACGCCUAACUGAGCUUGGGCGAAAGAUACUUGAAACGUUUGUGCUAUCUCACAUAUUUAGUGGGAUUGAAGUUGCCUACCAAGAAGCUGUUGCUUUGAAGAGGCAGGAAGAGCUAAUUCGUGAGGAGGAAGCAGCGGGACUUCUUGAAAAUGAGACUAAGGGAAAGCGCAAUGGUGGUGUGAAUGACAAGGACAAGCGUGCAAAGAAAAAACAGGCCAAACAAAAGAAGAACAAUCGUAAGGUUAAAGACAAGGAAAGAGAGGAGAAAUCGGACGCGAAAAUUCUCGAAAGACUGAAUGACGAAAUCACAAUUGAUGACAGUGACGGCUUACCAUCUAAUCAGGCAGAAGAAGUGACAGCGAAGGUUGGCGAUACCUUGGAAGAAGGUGGUGCUUCAGAUGGUCCAGAUCAUUUGGACAGUUCUAGACCUAUGAAUGGAAAGAGAGGCUCCUCUAUAGAGGCUAACUCAGUAGCAUUUUCGGCUGAUUCAACUGCUAUGAAUGGUACUCACAGCAAAGUAAGCAAUUUGCCAGACAGCAGAAAUCACUUGUCACCAAAUAGAGGAAAAAAUCAGCGCAACAAGGGUGUAAGCAUUAUCAACUUUGCUGAAGAAGAUGACUGCUUGCCCUCCUCCAGUGUUGCUGCCAGUUCAGAUCGCAAUAGUUCUGGCUGUGGUACUGCACCAAAAUUGGACCGAGAUACUGUUCUGCUCACCUUGAAAGAUAGACUUCGUGAGCUGGGGCAGCGUCUGCACGAGAAAAACAUUGAGGGGAGAAAACUUUUCAAAGCUCAUUUUGAAGCAAUGGAGUCUCAAACAAAGACAAAUGGGUCAUCCUCCUCAUCCAGUUCUUCAGAGAAGCCACCUGAUGCCCUGAAGAGCCCAGAACAUUCCCAGGAAGUUGCAAACGAUGUAAAAGCUAAUGGAACAGCCAAUAAGGAUGUCCCUGUGGCCAAAUGUGUGCCAGAGGAAGCUGUUUCAAGCAUGCCAGCCACCACGAUUACAGAAGCUGUGCCUGGUAAGGUCCCUCCCAGAACAAAAGUUGACCCAGUUUCAAGCAAAGAUCAUGGAUCGAAUUUGACACAGCAAACAAAUAGAGCACAUCCGAAUAGCUCAAAAUCAACUCCAAUUGAUACAGAUAAAGAUGUUCCUCUUGCUUCAAGAUCGCCUAAAGUCAAUAGAGCUGCUACAGUUCCCCCCAAAUCACCACCAACUGAUAAGGCUGCCCAAGUUCGCCCAAAAUCUCCACCAACUAAUAAAGCUACUCCAGUUCCUCCAAAAUCUCCGCCAGCUCAUAAAGCUACUCCAGUUCCUCCGAAAUCUCUGCCGACUGAUAAAACCUCUCCAGUUCCCCCAAAAUCUCCACAGACUGAUAAAGCUACUUCAGCUCGUACAAAAUCCCCACCAGCUGCUAAAGCUUCUGUGGUUCCUCCUAAAACUCCAGCGGCUGAUAAAGCUGGCCCGGUACCUUUAAAAUCACCGUCGGCUGGUAAAUCUUCUGUAGUGCCCCCCAUACCACCAUGUGCUAAAGAUGCGUCCCUUCCUUCAAAGUCUGAUAAACCCGUGCCAGCACCCCCAAGACUACCACAAGUUGAUAAGGCUGCUCUGCUUCCCUCAGAAUUGUCACAAACUUCGCGCAACGUUUAUUCAGAAGCUCGAGAAGAGACUACUCCCAUAAAGGUCAUUUCCACCACAGUUUCUGAGGCUGCUGUCACAACAUCAAGGCCUUCAAGUGCCCCUGUAUUCCCUACACCAAGAACGACUGCACCAGCUACCCCACAAGUUCAAGUUUCUGCAUUGCUUCCACGCUCAAUGAGUGAAGCGGCUGGAAGAUCAGGAAAUGAUCCUUCCCCUUCUGCCCCAGCGUAUGUUCCACAGACCUACCGUAACGCUAUCAUCGGUAAGCCUGGUCCGGGUACGAGCUCUUCAAAUUUCUCAUACCAGUCAGCUGCUCUCGGACAAGGUACUGCCCUUUCACAGCCGCUGUCAACAUAUGCAUCAACUACAUCAGUGAUGAUACCUCCUGCUGGGAGGAACGAUCACUUGUCAGCUAGGCAUGGGUUCAAGUCUGGGUUGGGGAAUUCAGAUGGACUUGACAGUUGGCAACCAUGGAAAGGUGAUAGCAAUAGCAACAAUCAUCUCUGGAGAGAUGAGUCCCCUUACCAGCGAACAACAAACGGUCAUGCCUAUCAACAAACUUGGAAAGAUGAUGGGUAUCAGCAAGCACGGAGUACUGAAACAGAAAAAUUCAGCAGGUUUGGAGGAUUGCAACCGUCAAGACAGACUCCUGUCAGUUUUGGAAUGCAGCAGCCGCCAGUCGCUGAUGAAUAUCAGCACCUGGACAUCAUUAACGAUUUGCUCGACGAGGAACAGAGCAACAAUGGCGGUAUGCCGGAGCCUCUACGGCAUGAUUACCAUGCCUUCGGCCUGCCAUAUACGCUAAGAGGCAACAUGGCAGAUUCAGGAAUGACUUCCGUUAGCAGUCCUGGACGGUUAAACAGAGGCAACAUGGCUGACUUGGAUAUGGCUUCUGUUGGCAGCCCCAGGCGGUUUAGUAGAGGAAACCUCACAGAUUCAGCAAUGGCUUCUCUUAGUAGCCCUGGGCGGUAUAGCAGAGGCAACCUGGCAGAUUCCGAAAUGGCUUCUGCUAGUAGUCCCAGUCGGUUUAACUCAACCGAGCGUUACUACGACGAUGGAUAUACAAGGGGCUAUGACAUGAGCCCUCUCCAGGGGAUGGGCAGGGAUAUGCAGUUCUCUUCGUUGGAUACAUACGCCACCAAUGGUGGCCUAUCCGACAUGGGCACGUCGAAGCCCUGGCUGUAUGGGCACAGCCCUUCUUCCAGCCCAUCGAUGACUCUGGGAUCAGUCAACACAAACGGCAAUGGGUUUGCGCAACAACAACACCAGAUAGGGGACUACAGUAACCUGGCAGGCGGGGUGAACGGAGGCUCCGCGUAUCGCCGCCAGGCCAACGGACGCUGGUGAUAGCGUGCCUGUAUACAGUCUUACAGUCGAAAAGAAUAAUGCUUGUUGUAACAGAUGCUGGUGCUGGGCCCUGAGCUUCUGCAAUGGCAUGUAAUUUUAAAAAUAUUUAGCUUUUAAAAGGGGAAAGAAAGGGAUACAGUUUACAUUC